ACACACAUUCCAGGGUUCACAUUCAUAAACACAGCCUGGACUUGGUGCCAGCACCUCCCACCUGCAAGAGAGCAGCUGUUCCCAAAGGCACGGGGUACCCCCAGCUGUCUAUUUUUCGCCAGGACUGCUGCCCAUCAUCUCCGAGAAUAAACACCAGCUAGUAGCUGCAUGGAUCUGAAUCAUGUGGGAGCUUCCAAAGGAGGGGAGUGACUGCCCAGGACACACAAGCAGGCUAUAUAAGUUCCAGAAGGUUGGACUUCACACAGAUCUCUUCCUGUGGCUACUCCCUGCCAGAGACUUACCUACAGAGAACUUACUUGGCAUCUACCAUGUCUGAGGUUGGCACUGCUGAAGCCCCCAUCAAGAAGAAGCGUCCCCCUGUGAAGGAAGAAGACCUGAAGGGGGCUCGCGGGAACCUGGCCAAGAACCAAGAGAUCAAGUCUAAGACAUACCAGGUCAUGCGGGACUGUGAGCAAGCUGGCUCAGCUGCCCCGUCGGUAUUCAGCCGCAACCGCACAGGCACCGAGACAGUCUUCGAGAAGCCCAAAGAAGGACCUACCAAGAGCGUCUUUGGCUGAUAAGUUCACACUUCGCCACUCCAAACACCUGGACACAGGAGCCUUUCCCACGAGCUAUCUGUCUGUCUAUCUAUCUAUCUAUCUAUCUAUCUAUCAU